UGGAGUUUACUUAGGGUAAAGUUGCCCACACUUGUCUGUUUUCCUCCACCUUGUAUCACUGCAUCAAGUUUUGCUCCUGGGCGCUGAGGAUUAAUUUUCCCCUCGUUUUGGCAACAAUUCCGAUUUUUGCUGGAAGAUGUUGUUUCUCAUGCAGACGUGUAGAGAAUCACUCUGAAGGUUCAGGAUGAGAAAAUGGCGCAUUCGUUUACUCCACCAGGACCUAAAAGUUUCCGUAAGUUCACCCGUGAAUCUCUUAAGGCCAUCGAGAGUCGGAUCGCUGAGGAGAACGCCAGGAAGUCCAAGGACAAGCACGAGAAAAAUAAAGACGAUGAAUGCAGGAGGAAACCCAACAGCGGCCUGGAGGCCGGGAAAAAUCUGCCCUUCAUAUACGGAGACGUUCCCAGAGGAUUGGUGUCCACGCCACUGGAGGACCUGGACCAGUUCUACAGCAAUCGGGCAACUUUUAUAGUAGUGAACAAAAAAAAGACAAUCAGUCGUUUCAGCGCCGCUUCUGCCUUGUACAUCUUCAGUCCCUUCAACCUUCUGAGGAGAAUAUCAAUUAAGAUUUUGGUACAUUCAUUGUUCAGUAUGUUUAUAAUGUUCACUAUACUGGCAAACUGCGCUUUCAUGGUCUACUCACAACCUCCAGACUGGGCCAAGAAUGUAGAAUAUGCCUUCACUGGGAUAUACACCUUUGAAGCACUCAUAAAGAUCAUCGCCAGGGGAUUCUGUGUGGGUCAGUUUACGUUCCUCAGAGACCCGUGGAACUGGUUGGAUUUUAUGGUUAUAGUCAUGGCAUAUGUAACAGAGUUUGUGGAUCUGGGUAGUGUGUCCGCCCUGCGAGCGUUCAGAGUUCUUCGAGCCCUGAAAACUAUAUCGGUCAUCCCAGGGCUGAAAACAAUCGUUGGAGCUCUGAUCCAGUCAGUGAAGAAGCUGUCAGAUGUGAUGAUCUUGACUAUUUUUUGCCUGAGCGUCUUUGCUUUGGUCGGACUGCAGCUGUUCAUGGGAGUUCUAAAACACAAAUGUGUGCUCCAGCCAUCCAAUCACAACUUAACUUAUUAUAUUGUUAACAAGACAGAGGUGUGUUACCUGACACCCGAAUGCAAUGAUUACAUUAACAAUCAGAGUAACCAUUAUGUCCCAACAGGAAAGAAAGAUGCUCUGAUCUGUGGGAAAAGUAGUGAUGCUGGGCAGUGUCCAGAAAAUUAUUUAUGUAUUAAAGCAAGUCCCAAUCCAGAUUAUGGUUACACAAGCUUUGAUUCCUUUGGCUGGGCCUUCCUUUCUUUAUUCAGACUGAUGACUCAAGACUACUGGGAGAAUCUUUACCAACAGACUCUUCGGGCCGCAGGAAAAAGCUACAUGAUUUUUUUCGUGCUGGUCAUUUUCUUGGGAUCCUUCUACCUGGUGAACCUGAUCCUGGCUGUGGUUGCCAUGGCAUAUGAUGAACAAAAUCAAGCCACUAUUGAUGAGGCUUUGAAGAAAGAGGAGGAGUUUAAUGCCAUGCUCCAGCAGCUGAUGAGACACGAGGAGGAAGCUCAGGCUGCGGCUGAAGCGUCCAAGUGUGAUGGGCUCAGUGGAGAAAAGACGGACUCUUCCUCGGACGCCUCCAAACUCAGUUCCAAAAGUGCCAAAGAAAGACGCAACCGCAGGAAAAAGAGACAGCGUCAGGGGGAAGGCGAGAAAGAGGAGGAUUCGAACAUAGAGGGAAAUGGUAGAAAGGCCAGCUUCCGUUUUACAGCUGAUGGAAAAAUCCGGCGCUCACGUGAAAGGACUUGCACGUCUCCACAUCAGUCCCCUCUGAGUUUUCAGGAUUCAAUCCUCACCCCACGUCGGGACAGCAAAGGUAGCAUCUUCAGCUUCCGCAGGCGUGUGCAUUCAGAAAACAACUACGCUGACGACGAGCAAAGCAUGUGUGAGGAGACGGGCAGCCGGAGAGACUCUCUGUUUCUACCCUCUCGAUCCGAGCGGCUUUACAGCACUCUUAGCAAAAGCAGUCUGACGCCGCGUAUAUUGUUGCCGUCUAAUGGAAAAGUACGGUACGUGGUUGACAGCAAUGGCAUGGUGAUAGUGUCGGGCGGAGCGUCUUCACCCAACUCGCCCUCCGGAAUACUGACGCCGGAGGUGUCCAGAAAAAGAGCCAUGUUUGACGACACUUGCUAUGACACAGAUGAAGAAUCUCGACGCCGAUGUGAUUCAAAGAGUUAUUCAAAGGCUUUUCUAUAUGACCAGUCAGUGAGACAGCGAGCUUUGAGCGUCGCAAGUGUCAGCAACAACCCUACUGACUCGUCGGAGGUCUGGAAACAGAAGUGUGUGGAGUGCUGGUUCGAGUUUGCCGAGGAUUAUCUGAUUUGGGAUUGCAGUCCCACAUGGCUGAAGAUAAAGAAAAUUGUCCACAUGGUUGUGAUGGACCCCUUUGCAGAUCUGUUUAUCACCAUUUGCAUAGUGAUAAACACAGUAUUCAUGGCCAUGGAGUAUUAUCCCAUGCAAAAUGACUAUGUUUACAUGCUUUCAACUGCCAAUGUGGUUUUCAUAGGCAUCUUUGCAGCAGAAAUGAUAUUCAAGAUCAUUGCGUUGGACCCGUACACUUACUUUCAGGAAGGCUGGAAUAUCUUUGACAGCAUCAUAGUCACACUGAGUCUGCUGGAACUUUGUUUGGCAAAUGUGGUGUCUGGAAUUGGUUUUCUUAGGCCAUUCAGACUGCUGAGAGUCUUCAAACUAGCUAAGUCCUGGCCGACUCUGAACAUGCUAAUCAAGAUCAUUGGCAACUCACUAGGCGCCUUGAGCAACCUGACGCUUGUGCUGGCCAUCAUCGUCUUCAUCUUCGCUGUGGUGGGCAUGCAACUGUUCGGGAAGAACUACCGUGACUGUGUGUGUAAGAUUUCUGAGGAUUGCACGCUUCCUCGCUGGCACAUGAACGAUUUCUUCCACUCGUUCCUGAUCGUCUUCAGGGUUUUGUGUGGAGAGUGGAUCGAGACCAUGUGGGACUGCAUGCAAGUGGCGGGACAGCCCUUGUGCUUAAUUGUGUUCAUGAUGGUCAUGGUCAUUGGAAAUCUGGUGGUUCUGAACCUGUUCCUCGCUCUGCUGCUCAGCUCAUUCAGUGCUGACAACCUCGCAGCCCCUGACGACGAGGGCGAAAAGAACAACCUGCAGAUAGCGGUUGGUCGAAUCAGGAAAGGUGUUGCUUUAGUUAAGGCCUGCCUUCAGAAUUUCUUCCUGAGCGGCUGUUUAAGAAGGAGGAAGCCGAAAAAGAAAACCGUAGAUGGGAACACGAUCGGGAGAAACUGCAAGGGAAUAAAUGAUAACUCCAACCACACCACACUAGAGCUGGUUAAAGGCACUGGAGGAACAGACAUGGAUAGUGACACUGAGAAUUAUAUCAGCAACCCAAGCUUGGCUGUCAGGGUCCCGAUCGCUGAUGAGGAGUCUGAUUUUGAGUGCCUCAACACUGAGGAUUUCAGUAGCUUUUCUUCAGACCUAGAGGAUAAAGAGAAGCUGUCUGACGUGGCUCCCAGCUCUUCGGAGGGCAGCACGGUGGACCUCAGACACUUCGGAAAAGAUGGAGAAGAUGCUUUGGACUUUGAACUUGAGGAAUCUACGGAUCCAGAUGCCUGUUUCACACCAGGGUGUGUCCAAAAGUUCCCGUGCUGCCAGGUGGAUGUUGAAAAGGGCAUGUGGAAGAAAUGGUGGCUGCUGAGACAGACAUGCUAUAACAUAGUGGAGCACAGCUGGUUUGAGAGCUUCAUCAUCUUCAUGAUUCUGCUUAGCAGUGGCGCUCUGGCAUUUGAGGACAUUUACCUUAACACAAGGAAAACCGUAAAGACCGUACUGGAAUUUGCUGACAAAGUUUUCACCUACAUCUUCAUUCUUGAGAUGCUGCUGAAAUGGGUCGCAUAUGGUUUUGCCAAAUACUUCACCAAUCUCUGGUGCUGGCUGGAUUUUAUUAUUGUUGAUGUCUCUCUGAUCAGCCUGGUAGCCAACGCCCUGGACUAUCAAGAUCUGAGCGCCAUCAAAAGUCUCCGAACACUGAGAGCCUUCCGACCGCUCCGAGCUCUCUCACGUUUUGAGGGAAUGAGGGUGGUUGUGAAUGCUCUUCUGGGUGCCAUCCCCUCCAUCAUGAACGUCCUGCUGGUCUGCCUCAUCUUCUGGCUCAUUUUUAGCAUUGUGGGCGUCAACUUCUUCGCCGGAAAGUUUUCUGAAUGUGUAAACAUUACCUCAGACAAGCGCAUGUCUAUCACAGAUAUCAAUAAUAAAACGGAAUGUGAUCUGUGGCCCGAAGAACUCCGCUGGAGAAAAGUGAAAAUCAACUUUGACAAUGUAGGAAGUGGAUACCUGGCCCUGCUACAAGUGGCCACCUUUAAAGGGUGGAUGCCCAUUAUGUAUGCAGCGGUAGACUCUCGCAAAGUAGAAGAGCAGCCAGAGUAUGAGGUGAAUCUGUAUAUGUACAUCUAUUUUGUCAUCUUCAUCAUCCUUGGAGCUUUUUUCACAUUAAAUCUCUUCAUUGGCGUCAUCAUUGACAACUUCAAUCAGCAGAAGAAAAAGUUCGGGGGUCAGGAUAUUUUCAUGACAGAAGAGCAGAAGAAAUACUACAACGCUAUGAAGAAGCUCGGCUCAAAGAAACCUCAAAAACCCAUUCCAAGGCCAAAAAACAAGAUUCAAGGAUUCAUCUUUGACCUCGUAACCAAACAGGCCUUUGACAUUUUCAUUAUGGUCCUUAUCUGGCUCAACAUGGUCACUAUGAUGGUGGAGACAGAAGAUCAGUCACCGGAAAAGAACAACUUGCUGUACUGGAUCAAUGUUGCCUUCAUUGUGCUCUUCACCAGUGAAUGUGUGCUAAAGAUGAUAGCGCUACGGCAGUACUUCUUCACGGUCGGCUGGAACGUAUUCGACUUCAUCGUGGUCAUCCUGUCUAUAGUUGGCAUGUUCCUGGCAGAAGUCAUUAAGAAGUACUUUGUCUCGCCCACCUUGUUUCGCGUCAUUCGCCUCGCCCGGAUCGGCCGCGUACUACGUCUUAUCCGAGGCGCCAAGGGAAUACGGACCCUUCUGUUUGCGUUGAUGAUGUCACUUCCUGCCCUUUUCAACAUCGGACUUCUUCUCUUCCUUGUCAUGUUCAUCUACGCCAUCUUCGGCAUGUCCAACUUCGCCUACGUCAAAAAAUCGGGCGGCAUCGACGACAUGUUCAACUUCGAGACGUUUGGCAACAGCAUGUUGUGUUUGUUUCAGAUCACCACCUCGGGAGGCUGGGACGGCCUUCUGGCACCCAUGUUAAAUAGCGAAUAUCCCGACUGCAACCCCAAUAAAACCUUCCCCGGCAGCAAGGUUAUAGGCGACUGCGGGAACCCAUCCAUCGGGAUUUUCUUCUUCGUCAGCUAUAUCAUCAUAUGCUUCCUGAUCGUGGUGAACAUGUACAUCGCUGUCAUCCUGGAGAACUUCAGCGUGGCCACCGAGGAGAGCGCCGAGCCUUUGAGCGAAGACGACUUCGAUAGGUUUUACGAGGUUUGGGAGAAGUUUGACCCGAACGCCACACAGUUCAUGGAGUACGACAAGUUGUCGGACUUCGCCAAUUCUCUGGAUCCGCCUCUGCGAAUCCCCAAGCCCAACCGACUGCAGCUGAUCUCCAUGGAUCUGCCGAUGGUGAGCGGCGAACGCAUCCACUGUCUGGAUAUCUUGUUCGCUUUCACCAAACGGGUUCUUGGGGAAGGCGGCGAGAUGGACAUCCUUCGCGGACAAAUGGAAGAACGAUUCAUGGCCUCCAACCCCUCAAAGUCCUCUUACGAGCCCAUCACCACAACCCUGCGUAGGAAGCAUGAAGAUAUGUCUGCUGAAAUCAUCCAGAGAGCCUUCAGGAAGCACUUGAUCCGACAUAGUAUGAAGAAGGUCCGUAAUGUCUACAGAGGGAUCAAGCAGCAAAACGGCAAGGUCCCGAGUAAAGAGUCUGUUGACAAUGACAAGUUCAAUGAUAGUGGCGCUUCAGAAGACUCUGGCGCAACGUCCGCCACGUCCUCUCCUAGCCUGUCGCAGAACACCACAAACAAAUACGAGAAGGACAAACAUGAGAAGGAAGUGGAAGACAAAGGUAACGGAGUUUAGAUUAGCAUUACGAACAAUUGUUUACAACUUUACUUCAAGUUAUUUGUCAGGGUCAGGUGACCUUGUCUGUUUGAUGUGGAUGUCUAUGCCAUACUGCCUGAGCAUACUUGAACUUUGUGCCUAUUCUGGAGCUGUGAUUAACAUGAGUUAGGCAGUGAAGCUGCUAUGCUUAAACUGUUUCACUCGCUGGCGAAAAUGGCGAUGGACCAAAUGUCAUUGUGUUGUGAUCUGAUGCAUUUUCUUUGUGUGUUGUUCAGUGUAUUUGUGUGUCGGAGCUGCAUCCAGUGUCUUGCAUUUAUAGGUGAAGUGUGUGAUUUUUGUGCUACUAGAGGCAACCGAACCUUUAAGGCAAAACAACUGCUAAAGCAAUUUCUCUCUUUUCAAAAUUCAGCAAGGACACCAAUAAAUUGAUGAAAAGUGGUCAUAAAGGCGCAAUUCUUAAUAUUACAAAAAGUUACUAUUGCACCUAAAUUC